ACCGCACACCGGGCACUUGUCUUCGGCAGCUCCAAGCUCGCCCUGCUCUGCGACCCUCCGACCAGGUACAUCGAUCUGGGGCACAUCUCGACCGGCGCCGGCCACGUCCUCGUGCAGUAUCUCUACACCAACAAGUACCAGGCCCUGGAGUGGGACCAGAGCUGGGAUAGCCCCGUCGUCCGCAUCUCCCAAUACAAGACGGCUUUCGAGGUCUACAAUGCCGCGCACGAGUACGAGCUUGUCGGCCUCGAGGGCUUGGCAAAGGAGCGGAUUGACCUGCUAGGUGCUGGCCUCGACCUGUUCACCAUCAUCGACGUCGUCAAGGAAAUGUAUCCCACCCCGGUUGCCGACGGAUCGUGGCUUCCCGGCUACGUCAAGUCGUGCAUCAAGGCCGCCUUCCAGAACCCCAGGGCGCUGCUCGCCUCAAAGUUUCCCGUCGACUUUGGCGACAGCACGUCCGUCGCCAAACUCCUUCUC